UAAAAGCAUGCUCUGAAGUAGGAUGCGUGUAUCAUCGGCAAGUCGGCAGUCGGCAGCAAUAUUAUUGUGUUGUGGUGUCAUCACCUUUACAAAAAUAGAUUAUAUAAUAUAUUGCAAAAGACCAAAGGAACAUACCGAAUUACACCUGGCACUGUUGGCUAAUUAACCAUAUUUAUUCUUAACAAAUAUGAAACGCGGUUACAGAUCGAUUUCUGGAAUGGAUUUUUCAGAAAUUCCUUUAUUAGAAAAAAUGGACAAUCCUGAACACACAAAUAAAAAGUCCAGAAACGAUUCCAUGCAACUAGCAACAGAAAUCCAAAUGGUCAGUGAUUAUGUCAGAGGGAAUGAGUUCAAUCAAGUGCAAAUGAUAGCAGAUCAUAGAGAGGAGAAAUUUUUUUUAGAGACUCAAGAAAAUAUGAAACUUCACAAUGUUUCUUGUAAUUUUGUGAAACAGCCCGGUAACAUUUAUCAUCUCUAUCAGCGACAAACUGGCCAGUGCUAUUUCUCAAUGCUUACUCCAGAGGAUUGGGGCAAUUCUGGCCCCCACCAAAUCUAUAAAGGCUCCUUUAGACUAGAGCAUGAUCAGUCCUGGACUCGGACACAUUAUAAUCACGUUGAAUAUGGCGUUACUAAUCAAAUUCUGCAAAGUGACGAAUUUUCGUCGAUGGCCACAUUACAAAAUAUUAUGUGUGUAGAUUCGUGACACUAAUUUUACCUAAAUCCAUUCUGUAAAUACAACAAAACUACUCUUUUCUAUUCUUUACAACACUAGUCUAAUAAAAAUUAUCUUCAAUUGUAA